AUGAAGGAAACGGCCACCGCUGUCAUUCGAGAAAGUUUAUGUUUCAAUCUGGUUUACAAGAACUGUGACUACCAAAUGGAGCGUUACAUUUUCAAACGCCGUCAAGACGGUAUUUAUAUUAUUAAUCUUGGAAAGACUUGGGAGAAACUUCAACUAGCUGCUAGGGUCAUUGUUGCAAUUGAGAACGCUAAGGAUAUUAUUGUCCAAUCUGCAAGGCCUUAUGGACAGAGAGCUGUUCUCAAGUUUGCUCAGUACACUGGAGCUAAUGCCAUUACUGGAAGGCAUACUCCCGGAACUUUCACCAAUCAGCUUCAGACUUCAUUCAGCGAGCCUCGUCUUCUCAUCCUCACCGAUCCAAGAACUGAUCAUCAGGUGAUAAAUCUUCAACUGAUUGGGACAAGGCAUGGUCAAACUUUAAGAAGGAAGGGAAAAAAACUCCCUUCUCAAAUUUUUCUCCAAAUAAGUAUGUAAGCUGGAAUCCCAGGCGUUCAGAUUUCCUUGUGAACUCAUCAACAAAGGAUAUGAAGUACUUACUGCCACCUAAUGAUGCUACUUCAAAAGGACCACAUACAUCAGAAUGUAGUACUUCCAAAGCUGCACAUGAUCUCUUGCAGGUCUCCUUCACAAAUGGACCAGCUAGAGGAGUAUCCCACCAACUGAGAAGACAUUUACAUUUUUUAUAAAGGCAUUUUGGAACAUAAGGUGGUGCACAAAAAUAGUCAUGGUGUACAUGGAGGAUUAAUUGGAGAAAACACCAAGCAUAUUAGAGGAGUCGUUUAAUUCACGAAUUUCAAUUAGGGGAGAUGGCCAAGGAGCCAAAUCUAUCUAUUAUUUGUUUUAUUUUUUAAUAUAAUUUCGUUGUUUUAUAUUUUAA